ACGAGAAGUAGCGCGUGUGUUAACACGGGGGUGAUUUUUGUUUGUCGAGUUCGUUUUUACACUUGGAGAGGAAAUGAAAGAUUUCCGACGCCCUAGAACGGGAGAGGAAUUUUAUGAGUCUUUCGAGGGAGCUCCUUUGUUUACAGCCGUACUCACGUAUCUAAGCUUUCUAAUAUUAAACAUCUUGGGGAGGCUUCAAGAUUUCCUGAGGUUUAUUCAUGUAUUAGAAAAUCAUUCAGUAGCAGAAGUACCGCAUACUAAAUCGUUCGUCCCUCUUUACUCGUCUUAUGAGGCUUUUUACACCCGUAAUCUAUACCGAAGGGCACAGGACUGUUGGUCUAGACCUGUUUGUUCUGCUCCAGGUAGUGAAAUCGUAGUAAUGGAUCGUAAAUCACCGGACUAUGGAUGGACGUUGAAUUUUACAGGAACAAAAUCGAAGGUUUUGAACUUAGGAUCAUACAAUUAUUUGGGAUUCGGGGAUCCCACCGGACCUUGUACUAAUGCUACAGAAAAAGCCACAAUAAAAUUCGGUGUAGGUGUAGCAAGUUCUAGACAAGAGGCCGGAAGCUUAAUAUUACACAAAGAACUCGAAGAUUUGGUUGCCGAAUUUGUUGGACAAGAAGCAGCUAUUGUUUUCAGUAUGGGCUUCUCAACCAAUUCACUAAAUCUGCCAUGUCUAGUUGAUAAAGAUUGCUGUGUAGUCAGUGAUGAAUUAAAUCAUACAAGUCUAGUCUUGGGAUGUCGAUUGUCGGGAGCAACUAUACGUCGUUUUAAACAUAAUGAUAUGGAAGAUUUGGAAAAAAUUCUGCAAGAUUCUGUUGUUUAUGGUCGUCCGCGUACCCACAGACCAUAUAAAAAGAUCUUGAUUGUAGUUGAAGGUAUAUACAGUAUGGAAGGAAGUAUUCUUCAUCUUCCCGAAGUAAUCGCUUUAAAGAAGAAAUAUAAUGCUUAUCUUUAUUUGGAUGAGGCACAUAGUAUUGGUGCAUUAGGUCAAAUGGGUCGUGGUGUGGCUGAUUACUUUGGUGUUGAUCCACGUGAUAUUGAUAUUUCAAUGGGUACAUUUACGAAGAGUUUCGGUUCAUCUGGUGGAUACAUAGCUGGAAAUCGCAAGUUAAUUGACUAUCUCCGCUCGAUGUCAUAUAAUACUGUAUAUGGUUGUAGUAUGCCAGCACCACUAGCUCAACAAAUUAUAUCAUCCAUAAGAAUUAUCAUGGGAAAAGAUGUACCUGGUGAAGGUGAACGAAGAAUUAAAUGUUUAGCUGAGAAUAUACGUUAUUUUCGUGCAAGAUUACAUGAAAUGCACUUAAUUGUUUAUGGGAAUCGUGAUAGCCCUGUUGUACCAGUUAUCGUUUAUAUGCCAGCUAAACUAGUUGCCUUUUCGCGUAGAUGUUUAGAAUUAGGAUUAGGAACUGUAGUCGUUGGUUUUCCAGCUACAACUCUGCUUCUAUCCAGGGUACGAUUUUGCAUUUCAUCAGCACAUACACGAGAGUUAUUAGACAGGGCAUUAGACAUAAUCGAGCAAGUUUCUGAAGAAAUAGGAAUUUGUUAUAGUAAGCAACCGAUUCCAGAAUGGGCUAAAGAAAUUUUAUACAAAGAUAAAAGUCAUCGUUAUACGAAUGGUUUCUUAAAAAAUAUUGAACCAUCAGUUAACAAACUACUUAAAAAAUCAGUUCAUACGGAUACUGUAAGUAAUUCAAUCAGUCUGAGAAAACGCUGUUUAAAAAGAGAUACCAACGAAAAAUGUGGGAUUAACACACACUUUUAGCUAUGUAGGAUGAAACCUGUAUGAAAUAAAUCUCAAUUUGUUCUUUCAAAAUGUUAAUAUCCUAGUGUUAUGUUACAAAAUCAUUUAUGGAAACUAAUUUUAGUCGACUGGAUAAAACUAUAUAAUACAGUAUCAUAUCAUAUCAAUUAUAUUGAUAGUCAUUUUUACUAUUGAGAACUAUGACAAUGAAUUGAAUAACUUUUUAAAAUCUAUUUUCUGUGCUUAAUUUAUGUUUUCAAAACAGGAGGUUCAAUGGUACGUUGUUUGAUAUACAUCAUACAUAAAUAAAAGGAUCCAAUGAUUUUUUUCUUCAUUUUCAUAAUUACAUUAGUGUUUGAUCAGAAAAAAAUAACCCAGGAAUAAUAACAAAUGUAUAAAAUAUCUUUUCUUUUUUUCUCGACUCAGUUUUACUAUCCUUUUUUCUUAAGAGUAACAUUUUUAUUGUGACAAUUACUGCUUUUUUUAAAAAAAAAGAAAAGAAAGAAAAAAGAAAACGUUUGUUCAGUGGUUAUACCUCACUCUCUCUCCCUCUUUAUAUACAUAUAUAUAUAUAUCAUGAAUUGAGCAGAUCUACUCAAGUGUGUACUUACUUUUUGUAAAUGAGUAUCUGUCUAACUUUUAUGAUGAUUACCUCUCAAGAGAAUGUAAUAUAAACUGUUAUUAUUCAAUCAUUACUUUACAAGAACUUUUAUUCAUUGUUUUUUAUGUACGGAAAUAAUAUAGAAUCUCUUUUUUGCUAAAAUUGUAGCAGUUUUCAAUAUAUAUUUUACAUAUUUUAGUUUGGCGUUACUAUCAUCUUCAUAAUCUCAGUAUUCUUAAUUAGGUUCUUUUAAGUAGUGUAUACUGAGACUCGUUGUUAAUAUUACUACUUUUUUUAAAAACCAUUUUUAAACAUCUAUUUGGCUGUGAUUUAUUAUUAUUAUUAUUAUUAUU